AUGCCACCGUCUACAGCACAUCUAUCAAGAGAGCGAGAAAGGGAAACAGAACAGAAGCAAGCAGAACUCGUUGAAGAACUCUCCAAUGCAAUUCUCGACUCUAUUGCUGCGAAUAAGUUAGAACUAGAGCCUGUACAUGAAAGCAAGCCAUCAGUUAUGCCUUGUGCCCUAACAAAUGUGUCAAGAUUUUGCCCCUAUCAAAUAGCUGCAGUAUGUGAUUACUUCACGUUCAUACGGUACCUACGGCAAGGUUUAAUCAAAUCGGGUGUUCGAGACUCGUAUUUUGAUAUGAUGACCCUUAGAAAGAAUAUGUGCCUAGCAAAACUUGGCCUUGGAUUUGUGCCAAAAACCAACCUUCGGCCGGGAUUUUGA